AUGAAACUUUUGGUUUGUUUAGCGAUUUGUGGCGUCGCGACAGUUUUGUCGCUGCCGUCGCGUGAAGUGCAAAGUGUCGCUGUGACCGGUCGAUUGAUUUGUGAUGGAAAACCGGCCACCAGUGUGGUAAGUUUUUGAUAUUGUAGUAGUGGUUUUGGCUUUAGGGCUGAUUUUUUUUUGCUUUAAAAUGCAAGAACUUUCUUUACAAAACGAAAAAUAGCAAGAACUUUCUUUACAAAACAAAAAAUGGCAAGAACUUUAUUUACAAAACAAAAGAUGGCAAGAACUUUCUUUACAAAACAAAAAAUGGCAAGAACUUUCUUUACAAAACAUAAAAUGGCAAGAACUUUCUUUACAAAUGAAAAAAUGGCAAGAAGUUUCUUUACAACCCAAAAAAUGGAAAGAGCUUUUUUUACAAAAUAAAAAAUGGCAAGAACUUUCUUUACAAAACAAAAAAUGGCAAGAACUUUAUUUACAAAACAAAAGAUGGCAAGAACUUUAUUUACAAAACAAAAAAUGGCAAGAAGUUUCUUUACAACCCAAAAAAUGGAAAGAGCUUUUUUUACAAAAUAAAAAAUGGCAAGAACUUUCUUUACAAAACAAAAAAUGGCAAGAACUUUCUUUACAAAACAAAAAAUGGCAAGAACUUCCUUUACAAAACAAAAAAUGGCAAGAACUUUCUUUACAAAACAAAAAAUGGCAAGAACUUCCUUUACAAAACAAAAAAUGGCAAGAACUUUCUUUACAAACCAAAAAAUGGCAAGAACUUUCUUUACAAAAAUUAUUUUUCGUAUUUUAGAAAGUAAAACUGUACGACUCGGACACCUUCACCUUGGACGACCUGAUGGGUGAGACCAAAACCGACAGUGACGGUAAACUACUGGUUCGUGGCUUCGCCAAAGAAUUCACCAACAUUGACCCCAAAAUCAACAUCUACCAUCACUGUGGUGACACUGGUGGACUGACCCAGAAGUGCACCAAGAAGUUCAGUAUCCAAAUCCCAAAGAGCUAUAUUACCCACAAGAAGGAGCGGGCUGACAAGAUCUUCGACGUUGGAACGUUGAACUUGAACGCCAAGUUCAGCGGAGAAGGAAGAGACUGCUUGAACUGA